AUGAAGCUCAAGAAUCCAUUCAAGCCCAGCAAGUGGGGUUCCAGUGCCAAGAACAAUGACGGAGAUGCCCCUGCAACUGCCAAUAAGGAGCAACAAGGUGACGAACACAGCGUCUUCUCCGCAUCUACCAGUAACACAGCUUCUUUGUCUGCUUCCAACAAAUCAGGUAGAAGUCAUGAAAAGAAAAAGAAAGGGUCCAGUGGCAAGAAGUCCAAGAGCAGCAAGACCAAGCCACCUCCAUCCAUUCCACAAGAAGUGGAGGAAUUCAAAACAGCCAAUGAAAAGGUUGUAGCUGAUUUCCUUGCAGUGAUAAAUGGACAAGGCAGUGUUGAAGAAAUGAAGAGCUUCUUCAAAUCUGGUGAUGUUCGAGUCAAGUUGGAGGAUGUCCCUAGCAUCACUUCGGAUAUCUGGAUUGCUGCAGCUGCGCAAUGUAUUAAGAGCUUCCCUAACUUCCGCUUCCAAUAUGAAUCCAUCAAGGAAAACAGGUCUGGAUUGGUUCUCGUAGAAGAGCUUCAGGCAAGUGGCACUCACACGGGAGAGCCAUAUACCUUUGCCCACUUUCCUCCCAUUCCAACUAGCAACAAGCACAUUGUCAACGAUCCAGAGAGGUUGUGGUUAAGGGUCAAGGAUGGCAAAAUUGUUGACAUAGAAUGUGUAUCUCUUGGAGACUACACUGGUCCUCCUGGCUUUUACAUGCAAUUGGGUGGCAAAAUGGACAUGCCACCACCAUCAGAAGAUUGA